AUCUUGGUGCGCGGUGUCGGCUCCAGCUGCUGCGGAGGAGCCGCCUCGAGGGGAGGAAGUGUGAAACCUACAGCUGUCCGGGGGGGGGGGGGGGAAUCUCCCCGAAACCUCACCGCUGGAAUCAACCAGGGGAAGUGUCCUCCGGGUCUCCUCCGCGCGGCAAGAGACCGACAACAAGCAGAGAGAAUGUGGCUGAACCCGGAGGAGGUUCUGCUGAAGAACGCGCUGAAGCUCUGGGUGACCGAGAGGAGCAACGACUUCUUCCUCCUGCAGAGGAGGAGAGGCCACGGGGAGCCCACGGGACGCAUCUCAGGUCUGCUGGUCGGCGCUCUGGACUCGGUGCUGGACUCCAACGCCCGCGUCUCCCCCUUCAGAAUCCUCCUCCAGGUCCCCGGGUCCCAGGUCAGCUGGGUCGUCGCCAGCGGGGCCGCCGUGGAGGAGGUGAAGAAGCACUGGGACUGGCUGGUCCACAACCUGCUGUGCUCCCUCUCCGUGUUCGAGAACAAGGAGGACGUGGCGAGCUUCGUCAGAGGGAAAGUCAGGGGCCUCAUCGCGGAGGAGGUUCGGGGCCGGCAGGCCGCCCAGGAGGUGGAGCCGGAGAAGUUCAGGGAGGCGCUGGUGAGGUUCGAGCUGCACUUCGGGCUCCCGGCGUCGGAGAAGCUGGUGACGUACUACUCGUGCUGCUGCUGGAAGGGCCGAGUGCCGCGGCAGGGCUUCCUCUACCUCAGCAUCAACCACGCCGCCUUCUACUCCUUCCUGCUGGGGAAGGAAGUGAAGUUUGUGAUUCCCUGGGCGGAGGUGACGUGGUUGGAGCGGGUCUCCGGCGGUCUGAUGACGGACGCCGUCCGCAUCAAGACGCGCCACCGGCAGAGGGAGUUCUCCAUGUUCCUGAACCCGGACGAGGCCUUCGGGGUCAUAGGUCAGCUGGCUGACAUCGCCCUCAGGAGGCUGCUGGACAGCGAGGGCCUGGAGGUGGACCGAGUCCUGCAGCAGCCCGCCCGCAUCACCAAGAGGAUCCUGGAGGAGCAGGCGCUGAGGGAGUACGUCCUGGCCCUGUUCCGGCUGCCUCGCAGCGAGUGUCUCCACGAGGUGGCCUCGUGCUCGGUGUGGACCCCCCACGCCCGCUGCCACACGGCCGGGACCCUCUACGCCACCGACGGGUACCUGUGCUUCUCCAGCCGGGAGGAGGGCGUCUGCAUGCUGCUCAUCCCGCUGUCCGAGGUGUUGUCCGUAGAGAAGGCGGAGAGCACCGCCCUGCUCCCCAACCCCGUCAUCGUCAGCGUGCGCACCAAGAAGGCCUUCCAGCUGAUCGAGCUGCAGGCCCGGGACCAGCUGGUGGAGAACGUGAGCUCCAGACUCAGGGCGCUGCAGUGGAAGAAGUCCACGUUCCGCAGCAAGAGGAGCGCGAGCGCCCCCACCCCCUACUACACCUUCUACUACGACACCGGCCCCUCCGACGAGGACGAGAUGGAGGAGCAGGUUCUGCGCAACACCGUCAACAGCGAGGCCUUGAUGACGGCGUUCCACCAAAAGCAGCCCGGAGCCGACCAGGGGGCGGAGCGGGAGAAGGAGCGGCGGUGGGAGGAGCAUUUCUCAGAGUUCGGUCGCGGCGUCCACAUGUUCCGCACGGACAAGAUGCACAGGCUGGUUGCCAUGGGGAUACCGGAGUCGCUGCGAGGGCACCUGUGGAUGACACUUUCGGACGCGUCCUCGGAGCUGGAGGCCCACCAGGGUUACUACGCCAGCAUGGUGCAGAAGUCGAUGGGCCACAGCAGCUUGGCCACGGAGGAGAUCGAGCGAGACCUCCACCGCUCGCUGCCGGACCACCCGGCCUUCCAGAACCCCACCGGCAUCGCCGCACUGAGGCGCGUCCUCACCGCCUACGCCCACCGCAACCCCAAGAUCGGAUACUGUCAGUCGAUGAACAUCCUGGCCUCGGUGCUGCUGCUCUACACCAAAGAAGAAGAAGCCUUCUGGCUGCUGGUGGCCGUUUGUGAGAGGAUGCUGCCAGACUACUUCAACCGCAGGGUCAUAGGGGCCCAGGUGGACCAGUCCGUCUUCGAGCAGCUGAUCCGGGAGCGUCUGCCGGAGCUGGCGGAGCGCGUGCCGGACGUCUCCGCCCUCUCCUCUGUCUCCCUCUCCUGGUUCCUCACGCUCUUCCUCAGCGUGCUGCCCUUCCUCAGCGCCGUGCGCGUCGUCGACUGCUUCUUCCUCCACGGGAUCAACGCCAUCUUCCGCCUGGCCCUGACGGCGGUGGAGGCCAACGCCGCGCCGCUCUCCGCCUGCACGGACGACGGCCAGGCGCUGAUGAUCCUCGCCAGUUUUCUGGACCAGGUGGGAAGUGAAGAGUCGCCAUGUCCUCCGUCCUCGCCGCCUGCCGCAGAGGACGCCAGCACCGCCCAAAACCCCGGCAGCACCAUCGGCGACGUCCCCGCUGUGAGACACACAAACAUCACCGACCUCAUCAACGAGUCCCACGAGAGAUUCGGAGACCUGACGGUGCGGCAGGUGGAGAGUCUGCGGUGUCGCCACCGGAUCCGAGUGCUGCAGUCCCACGAGGACACCACCAAGGACAACGCUCUGAGGGUGGUGACACCGGAUGUCUCCAUCCCUGCAGAGACCCUGUCCGCCGUCUACGACCUCUUCAAGAUGGAGCACCUCAUCAGCCUGUACUGGGGCGACGGCAGCUCGGCGGCGGCUGCGGAGGCGGCGGCGUGGCGCCCCGGCGUGGAGCGUCAGUACCGGCUGGACCGGCCGCAGUUCAAGAGCCUCUACGGGCUGCUGGCGCCGUGGGCCGCCGACGCCCACCAGCACGCCGACACGCUCGCCAACCGCACCUUCACCCUGCUGGACCAGGACGGGGACAGCCUGGUGACCUUCAGGGAGUUCACAGGCUGGCUGGACACUUUGUACUGUGAGGAGCUGAAUGAGAAGAUACGGCUGCUGUAUCGGCUGCACAUCCCACCAGCUCUGACUGAGAGCGAGGACGAGCCCUCCCUGAUGAAGAGCCCCCCGAUGUCCACCAACAGACCCCUCUGUGUGACUCGGCCCUCUGGUGCUGCAGCAGGAGAGCCGGACUACCAGGAGCAGCUGAAGCAGAUGCUGAAGGACCUGGGGAGGCAGAGGGAGAAGGACGUGGAGAAGCCCGUGCCGCUCAUGAACCAGCGCGAGUUCAUCCAGUUCUGCAAGACGCUCUACAGCAUGUUCCACGGCGACCCCGAGGAGAACGAGCUCUUCCAGGCCAUCGCCCACGUGACCAGCCUCGUGCUGCAGAUCGGCGAGGCCGGGCACCGCGGCUCGGGGUCAGAGGUCGGGGUGGAGUGGACGGUGAGCUUCGCUCAGAUCGUGGCGUCGCUGCUCACCGAGCAGACGCUGGUGAACUUCUUCGAGAAGCCGGUGGAUCUGAGCGCCAAGGUGGCGGCGGCCAAAGAGAAGCAGUACCACCAGAGGGCGGGUCUGCUGAGUCUGCAGCGGGCGCCCAGGUGAGAUUGGCCGGGUGGCGGCGUGACGGAGUGGAAGCUUCACGCGGCGUUCACUGGAUCUCCAAAAAACACUUUGAGCCAAAAAGUCCAAACGAAUCGAAAGGAAACGUCCAGAAGAUCAUUUUCUUUGAAGCUGUGAUCAUCUAACGUCUAAAUGACCUAAGAAUUAGUUUUUUAAGCUGUGACUAACAACUUUAUUGGUGGUUGAUGGUUGAAUAACUUUUAUAACUAAUUAUACGUAAGCUAAUAAGUUAAUAAGCUUCUCUGGUGACUCAUUCAUAAGGUAAUUAACAGUGAAUGAACCAGUCUGAUUUAUGUCUGAUGAUGACCCAUAAACAUUCUAAACAGAUGGUAAAUAAUACAUAAUAAAAAUGAUUUAAAUGUUAUUACAAUCAAACAAGUAUUUAAUUGUAAUAAAUGAAUGUAGAUGGAACUCAAAGGUCAAACUAAUGUCGCACUGGAGGAGAUUUUCGAGACCUGGCAACCCAAAUAAUGUCUUUUCAUCCUUGCUUAUUACUGAUGAAGAUGUUGAUUCCAACUCACAGUGUGAACGUUUUUUUAUUAUUAUUAUUAUUAUAAUCAUAGAAGCUUGAACCGGCGAACGGACAAAUCAACCUUGCCGAUCUUUUCUACUGAUUUUGUAACAUCUUGUUUCUUUAAUUUUGAAUGUUUUCAAAUGCACCUCAAAAUAUAUAUUUUUUAAAUGAUUGGGAAAAUCUACAAUUCCAGAUCUUUGAGAAAAAGACAACUGCUGGAAUUCAACUUUGAAAUAAAACACAUUAUUUAAAGAACGAGUCUGAUCACAUUCACAUUGAGCUGUUUUCUGUUUGGGGAAUUUUUAAUUUUGCAUUUAUAUUAAACUGAUGGUAAUUCACCUCUAUUAUUCAUAGUCAUGUGAAAAUCUUUUAUAUAACCCUAAAAUAUAUAUAUCACCAUU